UCCGAUCCGCAAGAAAUUAACAGAAGUACACAACACAACAAACUGUCAAAUCUGCCCGGUAUACCCAUCAUUCCCUUGAUAUCCAUACUCCCAGCACUUGGUGAAGGAUGCAAUCAACCAGUCGAAAAUCUAGUGCUGGCCAGCAGCGAAGUGAUAUCAUACAAAGAAGAUCAAGACAUGGAAGCGGACGAAAACAUGAGCAUUAUAAAAGCCCGCCAGGAAGUGGAAAACAUGAAGAGGGCAGCCCAAUGCAAUCGUACCUCCCCAUCCUACAUGCAGACCUUCUAAGAUUCAAAACUAGCAACAAUGUUCCAGUCUUACCCCCAAUCGACUCUGAUGCAUCAGUGAGCCAAAGCAGCGCCGGUAUAUCUCGCGUGAAAUCAGAAGGAUCGUUUGGGAAUGCUGUGAAGCGAGGGAUCGUGGAUGAUGGCGAAGGGUGGAAAAAAGCGUGGUGGUCUGACAAAGAUGUGGGGACCGGAACGGAACUUGGGAAUGUGAGCAGAACAGGGAGGACGGAUCUGCCAAUGGAAAGUGCACGGAGGGCGGCGAGUGCGGGAGAACGGGCGAAAAGUGCCAAAAUACCCAAUAGUUCGGUACGCUCAUCGGUAGUAGGAUAUGGCAAAGGAACAUCACGACCGACCUCUGCGCGGGGGAUGGACACCUCUCAAGUGGAUAUGACUAUAGUGGGAGGUACUCCCCCUUUAGUCGCAACAUCACCGUCGCCAUCUCCUCGCCGCUCGAUUACGUCCCCACAAUCGCAUAUGCUAGGAAACCAACAAGUCCAGCCCCGUACGCAAAGCGUCUUUUUUUUUAAUAAUGAUCCGGAUGUUGGUUCCAAUACAUUCGCCGCUUCGUACGCAAAUCUGGUUUCCGAUGAUAAUGUCACCGAUAGUGGGAGCUUUUUUUUCAAAGCCGAUCGAGACAUGCAGUUUGAUCUACAAGAAGCGACAACCUUCAUGCGCGUAUUACAAAAGGAAAGCAGGGUGAGAUUUGUUGCUCUGGACAAUGAUACGGCAAGGGUGAACGGAAGUGAACAAGGCGAAAGGACGGGAGGUCGUGUUGGCUCUGCACCUCGAGAUGGAUCAGCGCGGGCAUUGUCGAGAAGAGCAAGGAAAAAGGAUAUUCAGUCAAUGGAGUUCAACGAGAUUCCUGCCCAACUGGAAAGCAGCAAACCCGAUGUAACUACCGAUGAUGUAGUGAUGGAUGAAAGGGAACCCUCACCCCUUCCUCCUCUGUCAAUAGCUCCAGAACCUCCACUAGAUCCAGAACCUGAGCAGGAACCAGAGAUGAUCAUUCAAGAAAUUGAGCAAACAGUGGAGGUAGCGGAGACGACACCUAUUCCACAAUCAGAAUCUUCAACGGUUGAUGAGAUGCCUACCCGAGAACCCACACCUCCUCUCCCAGCACCGGAGCCAGAACAAGAACCCGCACCAGUUAUAUCUGUCCCAGAAGAGCAUCCGCCAACUCCCCAACCACCCGAAGACUUUACACCGGGAUAUUUCUUCAUGGGAGAACCUUCAUCCAUACCAAGCAGUGUCAGACCUGAUUUUUCAAGACCGGUUACAGCAAAGGAAAUUGGGGAGCGCAUCUGUGAGACCAACUAAGCCGUCGACACCACAAGCCCCUCUACCGAUGAAAUCUUACUGGACUCUGCGAGAGCGGGACUUUGCACGAUCUCAUGCUAGUAUCGCAAUAGGAUCGCUAAUGAAGUACGUUCACAAUAUUCAGCUCCGGGAACAAAGUACACAGCUUCAUGCUCAUAACGCUGCGGUGAACGCACGGACUCGCAUAAAUGAGCAGCUGGGUAAACUUGCUGUACAGGAGCGACGAAAGGCAGUAUCACGGGGAUAUGAUCAU